GUGAGCACUAUCCUGAUCGAGAAACCCAAAACGAGUGGUGGAAUCGUUCCCGACUACUCACAGAGAAACCAUCUCCACAAGCAACCUGCACACAAAAAAAAAUCUCUCAAAACACUUCUUCUCCACUAAUACAAUACUAAUUACUUCUGAUCAACAACAUUGUUGCUGCGAUUCAAGCCAUGGCUUCACUUUCAGUCUCUUCUUCCUCGACAAUCAUCGACUCAAGAGCUCCUCCUCUUCCUUCUCGACAAGCAUCUUCUCCUUCGUGUAUUUCCCUUCCGACACUUCCUCCUCAGCCGCUUCAGUCUCAGACCCGCGCCGCCAAAGCCACUGCUUACUGUCGGAAGAUAGUGAGGAACGUUUUGACACGAGCUGCCGAUGUUGAAGUUGUUGCCACUACCCAAGUCGAAGCUCCUGCCGCCAAUACCGAAGCUGCGAGUACAGAGUUACCGGAUAUCGUCAAGACCGUUCAAGAAGCUUGGGAAAAAGUGGAGGAUAAGUAUGCAGUUAGUUCUCUCGCAGUUUCUGGUUUUGUGGCUCUUUGGGGAACUGCUGGUGUCAUCUCGGCUAUCGACAGGCUUCCAUUGGUUCCUGGUGUUCUUGAAGUUGUUGGCAUUGGUUACACUGGGUGGUUUGCUUACAAGAACCUGAUAUUCAAGCCAGACAGGGAGACUCUGUUUCAGAAAGUGAAGGACACAUACAGAGACAUAAUAGGGAGCAACUGAACCAGAUGAUGAUGAAGAAGAAGCCUUUUAGGGUGGGCAAUUCAUAAAUUGAAUGAAUCUAACACAUCCCACAUCCUUCAUUCAAUCUCCCUUCUCGUAACUAAAUAAAUUAUACAUCCUCUUUGUCUCAGGUGUCUUUUUAGCUCAAAAAUAUAUCAUCCAUACAUCCAUCUGUGUCGAUGUUGUAAAUUCCUCAGACUAUAUAUAUAUGAGAUGUUUGGUACA